GGGGAGUGAGGAGAGACAGUAAUUUUUUCCUCUGGUCCUGAGGGGUCUCCUUCUCUAUAUAAGGCUCUCGGAGUUGCUCAGGAGUCACACAGUUCCUAUGUGCUUCAGGAACACCGCCAACAAGCAGCAGCAGCAGCCUGUCAUAAGGGAAUAACAGCUCUCCAGCGCGCACAGGAGACCGAAAUAUUCAAGCAACUGGAUACUAAACAGAGGAAGACAGAGGUUCAGUUGGGGACUUUGAGGAGCUACGUUUACACGAAAUCCACUGUCUGUUGUAGUCUGAGCGUCUAACCCAGACAGACCAAGUGUCAGAAUGACCUGCGCUGCCCUGACCUGGUUCCUCGUCCUCUCCCUCGUGCUGCUGUGCAUCAGGGACUCGGCCUCCCUCUUCUUGCCCGACUCUAAGGAGCUCAGACAGCUGCUGAACCGCUAUGAGGAGGAUGCAGAGCAGAACAACGGCAGCAACACUUCGGGCGACAGGACCCGAAGAGCCAUCCGCUGGUCGGACCGUGAGGAGAUCCUCCAGCUGCACAACAAGCUGAGGGGCGGCGUUUAUCCCACUGCCUCAAACAUGGAGUACAUGGUUUGGGAUGAUGAGCUGGAGCGUUCUGCUACUCACUGGGCAGAGGAGUGUCAAUGGGAUCACGGACCUCAGGACCUGCUCAUGUCUAUUGGACAAAACCUGGCAGUUCACUGGGGCAGGUACCGCUCACCUGCCUUCCAUGUCCAGGCCUGGUACGAUGAGGUGAAAGACUACACCUAUCCCUACCCUCAUGAGUGCAAUCCCUGGUGUCCAGAACGCUGUUCUGGGCCAAUGUGCACCCAUUACACCCAGCUGGUCUGGGCAACCACCAGCCGAGUGGGCUGUGCUGUGCAUGUGUGUCCAAAGAUGAACGUGUGGGGGGAGAUAUGGGAGAAUGCCGUUUACCUCGUGUGCAACUAUUCCCCAAAGGGCAACUGGAUUGGAGAGGCCCCAUAUCAGCAUGGCCGCCCUUGUUCCCAGUGCCCUCCCAGCUUUGGGGGAGGAUGCAGAAAUAACUUGUGCUACAAGGACUCUCAGCGCUCAGAGACUGAGGACAUGAACGAGGUGGAGAAGCCUCAGGUUCCGCUGCCACCUCGUACCACUGCCAGACCGGCCCCCAAACCUAAACCGUCUGCUCCCAAGAAACCAGUGUCCAAGCCCUCCACUCCAAAGGCCACCACACCCAGGACACCACCUUCAAAAACUCCUAGCAGCACCUUCCUUGCUCACAACAUUAAGUGUGAGACUAGACUGCGAGAUAAGUGUAAAGGAGCAACCUGCAACAGAUUUAAGUGUCCUGCAAAUUGUCUCAACAAGAAAGGGAAAGUUUGGGGAACCGUCUCUUAUGAUGUGCAAUCAAGUAUUUGCCGAGCUGCCAUCCAUUCUGGCGCCAUUGACAACAAUGGAGGCGUGGUCGACGUCACGAGGACGGAGAAGUUUCCAUUCUUUGUCAGAGCCACAAAGAAUGGCAUCGAGUCGUUGAGCAAAUAUAAACCUGGCAAUGCCUUUGUGGUGUCCAGAGUGGAAGAAAUUACUGCUGAUUGCUACACUACGGUGGCUGAAAUCUGUCCUUUCAAAAGACCCUACUCACACUGUCCAAGAAUUUCUUGUCCAGCCGACUGCAAGAUGCAGCCUUCCUACUGGUCACCUGUAAUUGGAAACAACAUCUAUGCAGAUAGCUCCAGCAUUUGUAGAUCAGCCAUCCAUGCAGGGGUGAUCAAAGCCGACGGCGGUUUAGUCGACGUUCUGCCACUGGACAAGAGAAAGGGCUACACUGGAAUCUUGAAAAAUGGCAUCCAAUCUGAAAGCAAAAGCAACACAGAGGGUGGCUCCUUCCGAUUAUUUGUUGUGAGGCAGUGAGACUUCAGCUCAGAAGUCCAAAGACCAACAGAGUCACCUCAGCUGCCCUGGAAGAGCAGGAAGGGCCACAGGUUGGAUACCACAGCUGUUCAUCUGUCUCAGUGCCUUCAGUGGAAUCACAACAUCCAAGCAGACUGAUGGACACUUUCCCCUCCCAUAGUUACCAAACAGUAAAAGUCACCCAGUAAACAUCAUCCAAUAUGUUGACAUGCUUGUAUUUUAUUUUUUGCCAUCUUUUCCUAGACAUAUAUAAUCUGUGAAUACAGAAUGUUUUAUAUAUUGUAAUGCAUUGAACAGCUGGUGCUGGAAUCUUUAGGUUAGAUGUGUUUUACAGAAAGUAUUAUGUUUACAUUGAUGUUCUUAUUACAAAUAUAAGUCAGUUUUCAUACACAGGAAUGUAUACUGAUCACACUGUAUUUAAUCAUUGUGUACAGAAUAUAUGAUAUUUGGUUUGUUUUUUGAUAAGGAGUACAAUAUAUUUACAUGUUUAUGUUUUAUUCAGAUUUUAAAAAAAAAUCACAGCCUUCCCAUGCUCACCAGGAUAAUAUUUGCUUUUCUGCUUCUGAACAUUUAGACUGUGAAGCCAAAUCGAAGUCUAAAUUGCAUUUAUUAGUUAAGUGCUGUGCUUAUUACGAGUGAGGAGGUUUUGUUUGUUGGGUAGACCAGAAAUGAUCAGGCACACAGAAGGAGAGGCAAAUAAAAGUGUUUAUAGGCAGCAGGCACUGCUGGAGGGAAAUGAUGUUUCCCAGAGGAAGUCUGGUGUUGUUUCAGUGCCAAGCAUGUGGAGGUGAUCAAGUGAAGGACAGCUGGAAAGUUGGAGGAGAUGGUCCUUCUGAAUGUUGGUAUUAUUGUGGGUUUAUUCAGUCACAGACAGCAGAUAUGUUUAUAAUAACAAACAACAAUAUCUCAUUUUAUAUUUAUAAUUGCUUUGUGCUUUUCUCAUCUCUUGAUUUCUCUUGUCUCUGUUUUAUAUAUGAAAUACUAAAUUUGCCCCUUCCCCACCUUAGACAGUUGAAUGUGUUGCGUGUUUCAGGUACGGAACGAGUUUUUUUUAAUAGAAACUAGACCACAAUUUGAAUGGCGUGAAUGUGUUAAAGAUUUAUAUCAUCAAACUACAACUUAAGCACUUUGGAACAAUUGACACUAUGCAGUACACACAGGAGAUACCUGUAAUGUCUGUCACUAUACUGGAUUGAGGCACUGUUGAAUUUGGUGCAGCCCUGAUCAGUAUUCUGUGCAAACUAAUGAAUGGAAACAAAUGUAAAGUCCAUUUUGGACUGGUUGGGCUCCCAAAACACACCUGACACAUUAUAGUACCAUUGAGCCUUGUUGCUUCACCUGUUGGUUUUCUUGAGGAUACAGAAGAUGUUGUGAAAACCAAGAAAAAAAUGACUAACUGCAGAUGUUUUCCUUCUCGGAUAUUCCAACUUCCUAGCUCUUUAUUCUACCUCAGUCCUAUCGCUACGCUAAGCAUUUAGGUCUUUUCUAUAUGGGAAUUUUUAUAGGGAAAUGCUAAAGGUUUUGUAAAGGUAAGGUAACUGUAAAUACUAUGAUUUUUUUUGUUUGUUUUUGAAUCAAACUCCUUUAUGCAGUGAGAUUAAAAUUAAAAUGUGUGAAUACGU